AUGGCGGCACAGCAGGACCAGGUUAUGCGGAGGCAGGCAUUGAUUGAUGUUCCUCGCAGGAAGCUCGUCAUAAUAGGCGAUGGUGCUUGUGGAAAGACAUCGCUGCUCAGCGUCUUCACCCUCGGCUACUUUCCAACUAGAUAUGUACCGACAGUAUUCGAGAAUUAUGUCACCGACUGUAGAGUCGAUGGCAAGUCGGUGCAACUAGCACUCUGGGACACAGCAGGCCAGGAAGACUACGAACGACUACGACCACUCGCCUACUCACAAGCGCAUGUGAUAUUGAUCGCAUUCUCCGUCUCAUCGCCAGACUCGCUACACAACAUCACAACAAAAUGGCAUCCAGAGGUGCUAGAACGCUGCCCCAACGUCCCCAUAAUCCUCGUCGGCCUCAAGAAAGAUCUCCGCGACGACCCCAUAGCCCAGGAAGAAAUGCGGAAACGAUCCGAGAAGUUCCUGACCCCGGAUGAAGGCGAAGAAGUGCGGAAACGAAUAUCCGCGAAGAAGUACCUCGAGUGCUCCAGUCUGUCAGGCGAGGGAGUCGACGAUGUCUUCGAGGCGGCCACGCGCCAAUCGCUGCUCAGCGGGGAUCACAAAGAACAAGGCGGGUGCUGUGUUAUACUAUAA